AUGUCUUUGCAAAAUACAACUAAUUGUUUACAUACCAUAAAAUUAUUAAAUUUGCAAGACAACGAGACAAUUCCGCAUCGUUUCCUAUUGAUAAAAGGUGCUGUGGAAGGACGCAAGUGCUAUGCUGAUGAACAAAUUGCAUUGUUCCUAGAUGAUAAACAACAAAAGCAACAACAACUAUCAGCUAAUUAUGAUUCACGGAAAUUUAAAUAUUUAUUGGAUUUGGGAGAGGUGGAACAAUGCAUCCACAAAAUACGAUUGGAAUAUUGUAGUGCCAAAUUAGAACUAUCCAUUAAUUAUAAACAAAAACAAUCGGUUUAUGGUAUACAGCCAUUAAUAAUUAUCGCCCAAGAUGAGGACGAGGAAGAGGAUGAACACAAGGUGACAAAAUAUCAAGAAAUUAUAGAUAUGAAUUUGUUUUUGGUACAAUUGGUCUAUGCGGAAAAGCUAAAUGAACUUUCGAAGGGGAGAUUGUGUUUUAAUUUCAAAAAUCGGUGCCGUAUGUUUAAAUCCUGCCUCAGCAAGAAGGAAAUAUGGACAUUAAAGGAACAUGAUUUGUGGUCCAGCCUGGCCAAAGAAAUAUUACAGACCGACUGGGGUCGGGAAUCGACAAUUAAAUUUGUGGCCUUCAUUGCCUGCAGUAAAUAUCUUGGAGAUGAAGUACAAAAAUCGAAAGAUUUUUCCUAUGAAAAUAUACGCAAACAUAUGUUGGGUCAUGUAGCUUGUGGUGCCGGUGGUUUGGCCUUAUUUAGCUCUUCCUAUUUCUAUGCAUGGCCCCAAAAAUUCGAUAGUAUUUUGUCAUGUUUCAAUGACAAAAAGAAAAUAGAUUUAAGCCAGGAGCCGGAUGAUAGUAAUUACCGUAAAACGUACGGUGGAGUCUAUGCUUCCAGUUUGGGUGCUGUAUGCCAUGAAAUUGGUCACAUCUUCGAUUUGGGACAUGAUCUAGAAGGUGUUAUGGGUUCAAAUUUUGAUUAUAUCAAUCAUGUAUUUGUGGUACACGAAACGACUGAACAUUUGCCACGUAGAAUAGUAAUGCAAACCCCUGAGACUCAAAUGCCAAAGCAACAGCGUUUUACACAAAUCAAGAAAACACCAGCCCAAGGAUUUCUGAAUUCCUAUAGGGAACAAAAAGAAAAUGAUUUAUUUUAUUUUUCAGCAAAUUCGGCAAUAAUUUUAUCACAUCAUCCCUGGUUGAGAUGUGAGGAUCAACAUGAUCAACAUGAUUUUAUGCUGGAUUUUUCUAAAGAAGAUUUUGUGGUAAAAUCAUCGAACUAUGCUCUUAAACUAAUCGAAAUACGUACAAAUUCAAACAGUUUAAUAAAACAUUGGUUUGAUUUACAAAAAUGUGGAGUGGAAUCAUCGGGGGUCAUGCAAUACGAUUUAAGUAGAUAUCGAAAACAACUUGAAAACGAAUGUCACCUCUUCGUCAUGAGCAUUAAAGGGCAUUGUAAAAAGAUAUGGAUUUGA